AAUCUUGAAGCAUACAGUAGCAACGAAAAAAGCUUCGUUUGUCGGUUGCAUUUUCUCACGAUGAACAUGUGUUUCGAAUUCAUGUGGAACAUUAGGACUGUCAAGUGAAUAUAAAUUAUUAUUUUCUUUGAUAGCAGACGUUAAUUAUAUGUCAUGAAUGUGAGAUGAAACGAUAACUUUAACAGAAUAUGCGGUGGGUUUCAUGCGUUGGAUAACAAAGAAGGAACAGUAGAACGAUCACAAUUUGAGAAGUGUUUUAGAAAAAAAAUACUGAAAAACCUCUACAAAUAUUGCCGCAACUUGAAAAUAAUUUUUCGAUAAGUGCGAAUAUUAGUCUUUUGGAAGACAUUGUGGUUUAAGAACGUUUUUUUAUUGAAUUUUAAGAAUUAUGAACGAAAGGUGGCUGCAUAUUGGCGUUAAACGUCAUUGGAUUAGGGAGUGUUUGGACAAAUAAGCAUGACGAGAUAUGGAUGAACUGGAGUCGUCUACGCAGUAACGGAAGCGAAAACGUGUUCAAGGGGUCCCAGUUGGUCACAAUCAUCUUAGAGCGCCAUCACCAGCACUUUCGGAGCAGGGCGACGGCGCUCAAGUUUUGCCGCCAACUUUUCAACGACGGUGUUAUACGCGGAGUCUUCGGCGCCACUUCCUUCGAGGAUUCUGUCCAGCUCUAUACGUGGGCCGACGAGAAUGGCGGCAUGAAAAUGACGUCACGAUCCGCUUCGAAAUUGUCUAGCGGGACGCAAAAUCCAGCGGUCGAGAAAAUGGCAACCCCGCCAAAAUCUUACGGUUACUCCAGUGCGGAUGUAACGCUGACAAAACGUGAGUUGUACAAACAAAGGGAAGCGAUUAAGCCGAUCGAACGCUCUCGUGAGUCUAGUAGCAGUAUGCAAUACUCUCAUGACGUCAAUAGGUACUUUCGUGAAAUUCAAAACGACGUUAAUGAUCGCAGCGAGCAACAUGUGACGUCACAUCCGCACAUAUCGAGUUAUCAAACAUCCUGGAAUUUGCAGCGAGCGAGCACGGCCUCAAGUGAAAGCUCAGUUGAUAUCCUGUCUCAUUCCUACAGUAAACAUAGUCAUAGAGAUAAAUCGCCAGCAAAGACGUCAUUUUCCUCUCCCGCGACAUCGAACUCGCGGGAUCAUGACGUGAUACCGGAAGAGGCCGACCACGAGGUACCACUUCCGGUCAUGGAGCGGACAACGACGAGUUCCGGGUAUGACGGGACGUCGAGCUUUCCGCGCAGCGUCACAACCACAGAUACGUCAACCACUUCUGACGUCGAUGGAAUGACGUCACGAAUUACGUCGACUUUAGUGACGUCACAACAGGGAUGGCAGCAGCAACCACCUCAGGACUACCAAAAUUCCUACUCGGAUAAUGAGAAGCAACUCAUCGAGCAGAUGAAACGAAUGAAGAAGGAACAUUCCCACAUACUUCGCACUUACGAGGAUAGAAUUAAUAAACUCAUGACAAAGAUGCACGAAUUACGGAGUAUAGCGGAAAUGCUGGAAAACUCAAGCACCAAGUCGUCGCCCUACGCGAUGAUGAAUAACAAAAAUGGGGUCCUCAACUUUUUGAACUCGAAAUCUGAAAAUGACCGGAAGUUGACGCCGGGCGCGACAGGUAUUGACGGCGAAAACCCACCACCAUUGCCGCCUAGACCGGGUCGCGGUAGUCGCUUAAAUCCCAGCAAGCCUUUCAUUCACACGGACGCAAAUAUGACGUCACUUCCGUGGACACGGAUUAUAUUAAAAGACGAAAGUGGCGACGAGCAGACGACAAUAUGGCACCAUAUGAUGGAGCCGAAAGUUGACCCGGAAGAAGUUGAAAGAUUGUUCAGUCUCCCGUCGGCUUCUCAGACGGAUGGCGCAACCCUUUACGACGAUCUCAUUAUACGUAGAGGGCGCUCUAGACAGCAGUUGGUUAGCAUAUAUGACUCAGAACGCUCCAAGCGGAUUGUCGUCUGCAUGAAAUGCCUGCGCGCGACGCUGAAUGACGUCAUUUCUUCUGUGUCGACGCUCGAUACGUCACAAAUUAAUCACGAGGGGUUGGCGGAGUUAUCGGAACUACUUUCACCGAAUCAUGACGUUGACAAGAUUCUCUACCAUGUUCGCAAAAAAGGGGCAGGUCACCUCGAUCAUCCCGAGUACCUGGUGUUUGAACUCUCAAAAGUGGACCACUUUAAGGACAGACUCGAGUUCAUCCGCUUCCGGUUCCGGUUGUUGUGGCACCUGUUUGAAAUAGAUCAGCAAAUGCGGGAGCUUAACACGGCGUGCGACGAAGUCUCUACCAGCACACCAUUAAAGAACCUCUUAGAAACGCUUCUGUCAGUCGGCAACUACAUGAACGGAGCGACGGAAAUGGGACAAGCAGACGGCUUUAAUCUCGACGUCGUAAACAAGCUGAAAGAUCUCCGAGACAGAGAUGGCAAAGGAACAUUGUUGGAGUUCGUCUUGAAAACCUACUGUCAGGUGUUUGAAAGCGAGGUUGAGAUUGGAUGCCCCACCCGUUUCCGGUUACCCGAACCUUCGAACAUGAGGCAUGCGGCCCUGGUCUCGUUCGAGGGUCUUCAGGACGCUCUCUCCAAUCUCCACUCCGACCUACGCCACGUGCGGGAGCGGCUGCUUGACCCCCGGGUGAACAAGGACACCACGCGGCCCAUGGACAGCUUCAGGGUCACGGCGGAGAACUUCUUCGCUGCGGCCUUGGAGGUUAUCGGAGAACAGGAGAAGGUGCUCCAAGACACGAGGGACAUAUUCGACAAGACCAUCAACUAUUUCUAUGUAGAUAAACAACGUGUCACGCCACAGCAAUUCUUCCACGUCUGGGCGGUGUUUCUGCACGACUGCAAAUACUUCUGGAAGCUGGCACAUCGUCGUCUGGCCAAGGAGAGGUUUGAACUCGAGUUCAAGUACAAAGGUCAACUGUCGGCGAGUUCCCUCCAGGGUUAUGGUACAUUCCGCGCUGGCGUGCUCCAAGGUUUAGACUCCAAUAACGUCAACGACCCGAAAACGUCGACAGCGCAGCGCAAUAACGCCCGUUGGGCAGAAGCGGCCGACAAGUCGACAAGACCGACGGUUCCACCGAAACCAAGCCGGUCUCGAAACGCUGACGACGUUUAUCAUCCCAGUAGCGACCGCUCAUCGUCGCCGAAGCCUCUGACCUCAAUGCCGCCGUCUUCCGUUGACGUCAGAAAGCCUCAGCCUAAACCGCACGCGCAAAACGGCACUCCGCCGUUCUCCCCCAUUCCGCCUCCAAAUUACGAAAACCAUUCUGAACUAGAACGUUUCCAAGGCUAUAAAUAUCCACAACAGCAUCAUCAACAACAACAACAACAACUGAAUUCGUUCACUACUUCCGGUCAACCUGCUCCGAGUGGUCAUGUCACUCCUCCAGCAGAAAAUGGCAUCACCGGCAUUCAUCACGACUCGUCGUCUGCAGUAACUAUUACAAAGGAAAGCGACAAGAAAUCUCAGCAAUUCUCGUUGAAAGCGUGGCUUAAGCGAGAACGCGAGCAGGUGCGAAAAGGCGUUGAAUGUGACGCGGCAGAUGGCAUUCCCGAAGCGAAGACGCAAAGCCCCGCUAAGUCCUUUUCAAAGUUUAAAAAUAAUAUGAAGCAGAAGUUUUCAAGCGGAAGCUCGAAAAAGCACAACGAUCAUAGUCGAAAGUCAAAGGACACAAAAUCAGGCGAUCCUAAAGCGUAUGAAUCUCCGGUUGCUGCACAAAAUGGCAUCUGUAUAUCCUCCCCAUAUGAUGGUCACCGGCCCAAUUAUCCAACCGCAUCCACUUCCGGUUUCAAACUUGGCGACAAGUUUCAGGUACCAGAUAAUGGACUUUUAGCGAGCCUUGAAAGCGAGUUUAACAGCCGACCGAUUCCCGAUACUAUCAUUUCACCGAUAGACGAUCCAGAUGCAGACGAUAUUUUGGCGCCAAGCGUCAAUCGAUAUGAACAUCAAAAUGGCGUCCCUCCGCAAAUGAGGCAAAACGUGGAGCAAAAUGACGUAAAUAAUAAUGAACGUUACCUGUUUAAUAGCAAGUCUGGUGGAUCAAACGCGAAUGACAAUGGCAAUGGUUUUACAGAUGGGAAAUUCGUGAGCCCCGGCGCGGAGUCCAAGCGAGUUGUUGCGGUUGCGGCCCCAUCAUACAAAGCUAGGAUGAUCAAUAACUACGAAAAUCAGGGGAAAUUCGAAAAUCCAAAUAUACCGCGACUUCAUGCGGAGCCGGCAAAAUCACUGCGACAAAACUUUGCAAAUUUAACGAGCAAUAUUUCAAACGAUAUCGCUAAAGGAUAUGACGGGGCCGAAAGUAAAAACCCGUAUUCGAAAAACGGACAUGACCAAACUCAGCCUCAAACAUCAUCGAAUCACACACACAACACUCGUCCAUUGAACGCAGAAGACUCCCCUUACGGUCGAUUGUCAAAGACCCUAAAUACACCGGAAAAGCACGCUGCAUUACCGGACACGCCUCGUAAACGAGCUGUACUCGAAAACAAAAAUUACGUCACUCCUGGAAACCGCGUUCCCAUUAAUGCACAGUCUGUCGGGUCGCUCAUUGAUAAAUUUGAUAAAACUGAGUCUUAUAAUGAGGAGAGCGCUACCAACCGUGACGGUUUACCGGAAGCGUCGCCUCCUUUGCCGCCUCGGUCCGGUAAAUCCCAAAGCCAUAUUCAGAAUGUUGAUGCACCAUCGUUUUCGCAGUCCAGUCUUGCAGCAAAGCCUUACAGUGCCCAACCGUCCACGGCAUAUUCGCCUCCGUCACGUUGGACGACAGACAAACGCGGCGAAACGUAUCCAUCUACGCCAAAUAGACGCGAAGAUGUCUCUACUGCCUAUAAUUCUCCGCAUAGCCUUUAUUCUACGCCGCAAGGACAGUUUUCUGAAGGUCAGACACAUUCGACCUACGUCACACCAAAAUCUUCGCCCGCUAACCACAAAUAUACGCCAUUGUCGAAUGGCCACGUGGUCUCCACGUCAUCUCCAUCAAACCAUCACGUGACAAACGGUUUUCAUGAAAACAAUGGUUACCUUGACAACGACCGCGCAGACAAUGUCGUAGACGAUGGUUAUGGAGCUAAACUCCGCCGCGCUGCGAAUUACAGUCACUCUGCGUUCGACCGGAUAACAAAAGGUAGUUCGCCGUAUACUAGAAACCCAAGCUUUGGAACUACUUACGAAGCGCGUAGGAAUAUUUUUGCAACGUCAACGUCUUCAUCGUCUGCUGUUCAGAACACUGACGAGGUUUCUUACAUGGCAAUUUAGUUUAAAACUACGAUUGUCAAUAAACUGUGAUUGUGUUAAAAAUAUUGUCAAAGUUUUUUUUUUGCAAGUGAUAACUUCUGAUAACGUGUGGCCGACAUGAGGCAUUUGCCAGUUUUUUUUUACCAUUUACACAAACACAAAUGUACCUCUUGUCGUAAAAUUAAUUUAAAUUAAAUUUAAUUUUGAUAUUUUUUUAUUCUCAAUAUCUGGCGUUUGUGUAUGCCACAGACAAGUGU